AUGUCAUCAAAUAAUCAGAGCUCAGAGAUGGAAAAUCUAAGUCCAGAGAGCAUUACUGUGUGUAUUGUAUUCUCUUUGGCAUCCGUUAUUGGGAUUCCAGGGAAUCUGGUCGUCAUUUGGAGUAUCUGCGGUAUUCUAAAAUCUUGCUCCUGCACUACCAUUUUGAUCUUAAAUCUUGCUUUUGCAGACCUCAUUGUCCUGGCUACAUUACCCAUCUGGAUUUACUCAUUUGCUGACCACUGGGUGUUUGGGGUCACAUUCUGCAAGGCUCUAGCAUACCUAAUCUACUCAAGCAUGUAUGCCAGCCUUUUUCUCAUCACACUAAUGAGCAUUGAACGCUAUCUUGCUGUCUUUCAACCUUUUGCCCUGCAGAAGUGGGACAGGCAGAAGGUAUUUCUGAAAGUCAUCAUAAUCAUCUGGAUACUGGCAGCAAUGUUUGGCAUUCAGAUCCUCCCAUUUCAAAAAACUCAUGAGGUAGAAGGUAGACUGCAGUGCACCUUACGUGACUACAAAUCAAGUGCACAGAAGAUAGCCUGUCGUGUCAUUGAAACUCUAUUUGGAUUCUUCAUUCCGUUUUGCAUUAUCUGUACCUGCUAUGUCUGCCUGAGGAGGAGGAUACAAAAAAUUAAUUAUAAAGCUAAGCAGAAGUCUGAUGCUUUAAUCGCAAGUGUCGUUAUAGCUUUUUGCCUUUGCUGGAUUCCCCAACACAUUUGCAAUCUUCUGGACAUUUUCUCAGUCCUGUUUGAAACUUCACAUCCAGAUCUCUCAAGUACUCUUGAGGAAAUUACAGAAACAGGCGGGACCAUUUCAGGCGCUUUUGCGUUCCUUAGCAGCUGUGUGAACCCAAUAUUAUAUGCUUUUGCGGCACGUAAGUUUCGCAGCCAUACAAAGUUCUCCCAGUUGGUCAAGCUUUUUGAGAAUGUGGCAUCUUUAGAACCAUCCCAGAACCCAAAGAGGGAGACAGAAGGAACACAAACUGACAACAGCAAUGACAUGGGUGUGAUAGAACUAUAAGAUAUCCUAAAACCAUAGGAUAGAUGCUUUUCUUAGGUAUUUCACAAUCAUGGUGGUAGAAUAGGCUAAAUCCAAAAUCAUGUGAAAAGAGUGAGAAAAUAUCUAAAAAAUGACAACCAAUUCACUUUUUUAUUUCUAAUUAUUUGUUUCUGCUUAACAAACCAAACACAUACACCAAAUGUAAAGUUGUCAUUUGUCAAGUAUGUCAACUGGCUAUCCAAUAAAAAUUGACCCUUAAAUGUCUAGUUUUUAGCUCCUCUGAACAGUGGUAAA